UAUUAAAGUGGAAAUGUAAGACGAAAAAAAUGGACGAGCGUUUCUAUAAGCUAUAGGGUCGUCGUCAGCGUUGUUUUAUCCUCGAGCGAGGCUGCGCUCCCGCUCCAUUGCGUUCUGGCACUUUCCCUUCUCGACCCAUUCACCACUCUCUCCAUGACCCACAUCACAGUGUGACUGAUAACUAACUGCUUCUCUCUGACUCAGCGACCAGCAUCCAUCCUCUCGUCAUCCCGCCUGUCUUGUGUUACUUCUUAUGGCUCAUCAUCCUCCACGCGCUGCACGUCUGUUUAUCUCCACCGCACACUUGGCGUCCGGAGCGCGAGGAGGCGACCGCCGCUGUAGGCACAUCUCCGUCCGCGCGAAGGAGGUUCACGCUUCUUUUCCCGCCGCCGAAGGACGGACUCAUGGCGGAAGAAGGCGAGCCGGCAGCUCGGUUCGGAGCGGGCAGUGGGACCUGGCCUCUGUGUGAGGGAUGCAGACAAAGCAUCCGGGACAUUGAGUACCUCCAGGCUCUGGACUCCAGCUGGCACACAGACUGCUUCCGGUGUUGUGAGUGUGCAGAACCCCUGUCCCACUGGUACUAUGAAAAGGAGGGCCGUCUAUUCUGCAAGCGGGACUACUGGGCCCGCUUCGGGGAACUGUGCCAGGGCUGUGCAGAAACCAUCACCACAGGCCUUAUUAUGGUUGCAGGGGAGAAGAAAUACCACCCAGAGUGCUUCAGCUGCAUAGGGUGCAAAGCCUUCAUCGGGGAUGGUGAUGCCUAUGUUCUGGUAGAGCACUCCAAACUCUACUGUGGGCAGUGUUACAACAACAACAUUGCCAUCCCAGUGACACCGCCAGACUCACGAACCACUAGGAUCCCACACACGGUGACGCUAGUGUCCAUCCCAGCCUCUACUGAUGGCAGACGUGGCUUCACCGUGUCCAUCGACCACAGCGGCAGUCCCACUGCUUAUGGGCCUGAUCAGAAUCCGAUUGUACGCGUGUCAGAGUUGGACUCAGACUGCCUUAGCCCUGGGCUGAAGAAUUCCAUGCACGUUGGGGACCGCAUCCUGGAGAUCAAUGGGAAGCCCAUCCAAAAUGUUCCACUUUGUGAGAUUGAACUGUUGAUUCAGAAGGCCGGCAAGCCGCUGCAGCUGACCAUUGAGCAUGACCCCCUUGACCACAGUAGCCUCGUGGAGCAGGAGGAUGGCCCCAGUCUGCUGCAAAAGGCACCUAAUUCAGCCAGAUCUAUUCUCAUGCAUCCUCUCCACCCGGAUGUUGCUGACCUUCGUACCAGAGUAAUCACGCGUAGCUACAGCAUUGAAAAAUCUUCGUGUGGCAGUGGCUCAGCCUCACCUUUAUCCCAGCGGAGGGACAUUGGACGUUCCGAGUCCCUGCGGGCUGUCUCAAGUGGGCAGACACACCGCAUCUUCCGUCCCUCUGACCUCAUACAUGGUGAAGUGCUGGGCAAGGGAUUCUUUGGGCAAGCCAUCAAGGUGACCCAUCGGGAAACGGGAGAAAUCAUGGUGAUGAAAGAGCUCCUACGUUUUGAUGAUGAGACCCAGAUGACCUUCCUGAAGGAGGUGAAGGUGAUGCGCUGUCUAGAACACCCCAAUGUCCUCAAGUUUAUUGGGAUCCUGUACAAGGAUAAGAGGCUCAACUUCAUUUCAGAGUACAUUAAAGGAGGAACCUUGAGAGAGAUCAUCAAGGACAUGGACAGCAAAUAUCCAUGGAAUCGGAGAGUAGGAUUUGCCAGGGACAUUGCUGCUGGGAUGGCAUAUUUGCACUCUAUGAAUAUCAUCCACCGUGAUCUGAAUUCAUACAACUGUCUUGUGAGAGAGGACAACAGCGUGGUGGUCGCAGACUUCGGGCUGGCCCGCCUGGUUGUGGAGAACCGGAACCAGAGAAGGCUGCCAUCGGGCAGAAUAGAGGGGCUGCGUAAGUCUGACCGCAGGAAGAGAUACACCGUGGUGGGAAAUCCAUACUGGAUGGCCCCAGAGAUGAUCCACGGGGAAAGCUAUGAUGAGCGUGUGGACAUAUUCUCCUUUGGCAUCAUGCUAUGUGAGAUUAUUGGCAGGGUAAGCGCUGACCCAGAUUACCUGCCCCGGACAGUGGACUUUGGGUUGAAUUUGGCAGGGUUUCUAGACCGUUACCACCCUCCCAACUGCCCCCCAGCCUUCUUCCCCAUCAGUGCCCUAUGCUGUGAGCUGGACCCAGACAAACGUCCAUCUUUUGCUAAACUGGAGGAGUGGCUGGAGAAUCUGUUGAUGCACUUAGAUAUCCGGUUGCCCCUCACCUCGGAACUCGAUGAAGUCCACCGAACCUUCUGGCAGUGCCAUACCCGACCAGAAAACCAGCUGCGCACACACUCUGAAUUGUCUAACACCUAGCUAAAAUUACCGGAAGACUAGACAUAAUCAGACUUGGUUAUGGAUUUGGAAAGACCAAGGAGGUAUCUGCUAGCCACUGAGCAAAUUGCAGGUCUCCGGCAGUGGCUGCAUGAUCGCUCUGAUUUAACUCCUCAGUUGCAUUGUUAAGGUCUUUGUUUUGCGUGUUUAGAAAGCAUUUAUAACAUUACUCUUUAAAUCUUUCUCUAACAAAAAAUUUUUUUUUUCCACUUCAUCCAUGUCAUAGUGUCUGACGAAAAAUCAAAACCUGGACAUUGUUGUUUUAUUUCAUCCCAGCUUAACAUGAACAUCACAAUUACUGAAGUGUUUAUGCUUUGGCAUUACAGGUCAUCCUGUCAUGUUCACAAUUUUGGUAUUGUUUUGUAAUGUAAAGGGCGAUUUAACUUUAUUUUUAAUAACCUAAUGGAUGGUUCAGUUUCAAGAUAAAAUUUCAUGU